GCUUCCCUUUCAGAAAAUACCGAACGAUGGGGACUGAAGAAGGAACCGACAAAAAAAACAAGCACCGCUUUCAUUCCGUCUUGUUUAGAAAAGGAUACGAAGGAGGAGCAAGAUCGUCGCCUUUUCGUCUCCUCGUCGUCGUCAUUUUCUUUUGCCCGAGUAGACCGUCGUCCGGUCGGCCGUCGUCGGAGAGAAAAUUUCAGGCAUAGCCGUCUGCAAGAAAAGGAGGAAAGAAAAAGGAAGCUGAUCUUUUCCUUUUGUCGUGACGCGAGGUCCUUCUUUACCGGCAAGAAAAGGAGACAAAAAGAAAGAGAAGCUCUGUAAGUUUUCGUCCAUUCGGAUUUCAUCGCCGUUUCCGUGGCGCUUGAAGUCUUGACGGUUUAAGAGAGAGAGGACGUGGAGGUUUCGUGCUGGAAGCAGUGGUCACGUGGUGAGGAGGAGCCGAAGAAAAGGAGCGAGAUACUUCCGUUUCUCCUUCCUCCAUCUAUUGUUUUCAUCUGCUUUUUGUGCACAAAGAAGGAAGCCACCAAACAAGCAGCCGGUGAAGAGUAGGUAUUCGGGGUUCGUUUGGCCUAGAAAAAACUCAGACGUAGAGGAUCGUUAUUAGAAAAAACUCAGACGUAGAGGAGAAGAAGAAGACAAUAUGGGGGAGGAUAACGUCGUCCUUUCUUCCAAGAUUAAGAUCGGAGUGUCCGUCAUGGAAAAAAAGACGCUUUCGGCUCCCAUGCGUCAAAUUUUGGAGAGUUUGGAAGCGUUUGGCGAAUUUGAGAUAAUUACCUUCGCGACAAAAUUAUUCUCGAGCAACCAAUGGAAAGUUAUAUCAGAUAAUGCUGAUCAGGAGAGCCUUGUCAAGGCAACACUUAGUGGUGUGAAGGCCGUGCCGUUGAAGCCGCUUUACCCUCAUGUCAUGUGCUCAGAAACCUGUGGCAGCACGUUCUGCGGCACAGGAAGUUUAAACUCGGGAAGAGAGAUACCGAUGGCAAAGUUGCCGUCACAGAGGCUGAAGAAGGCACUGCCAGUAAGUAGACGGCGCCUGCGCCUGAAUCUCUGCCACCAUCUCAGAAAUGGAAGAAGAGGUUCAUCUGGACGACGGAUCUGA